AUGGGUCUCUUAGCAUUGGGCACGCCUUUGACCUGGCCGGAAGCGAAGAAAGCCGCGAAUCAAGUCAGGGAAUGGGGCAUUGAGCAAUUACUCAAUAUAUGGCGCAAGGCUAAAGUGAAGGAGCGGGAUAUGCUCCUCUGGGGCGACGAGAUUGAAUAUCUCGUCGUCUCGAUCGACGAGGGCCAGAAAAAGGUUCGACUGUCGUUAUGCCAGGCCGACGUCUUGAAAGCGCUGGCCCGAGACACAGAGCUGGCCAAGACAGACUCGAUGGUCCCGGACCUACAAGAAGACGCUGUCAAAAGCGGCAAACUCCCGACUUUCCAUCCCGAAUUCGGUCGGUUCAUGCUCGAAGCCACGCCCGGGAAACCAUGGGGGAUCGGUUUCAAGGACUUGUUAGAUGUCGAGUCCAACAUGAAGAUGCGGCGAGUCAUUGCCAAAAACCACAUGGACCCGGAUCAGUACCCCAUCACUCUGACAACAUUCCCUCGGCUGGGGACGCGAGACGACUAUAUAACGCCAUAUUACCCACCCUCGGGACCCAUGUUACGAUCACAAUUCGUCCCGGACGAGAUCGCCAACCCACACAUCCGCUUCCCGACGUUGGCGGCAAACAUCCGCGCGCGACGAGGCCGAAAAGUCGAGAUCAACGUGCCCGUCUUCCACGACAAGAACACUCCCAACCCGUUCAGCGAUCCGACCGUCAACUACGACCUGCACAACUGGCCCGAGGACGACGACGUGCGCAACGGCGCGGUCAAGCCGGACUGCGUAUACAUGGACGCCAUGGCCUUCGGGAUGGGCAGCUGCUGUCUACAAAUCACCUUCCAGGCCAAGAACAUCCGCGAAGGCCGCAUGCUGUACGACCAGCUCUCCCCUCUGGGCCCGAUCCUGCUGGCCCUGACCGCCGCCACGCCCAUCUACAAAGGAUUUCUGGUCGACACGGAUGUGCGAUGGAACCAGAUCUCGCGCUCCGUCGACGACCGCACGCGCGAAGAGUUGGGCGAAGCGCCGCUCAAGAAUGACCGCUGGCGGAUCCCCAAGUCGCGCUACGCCAGCAACAGCACGUACAUCGCCCAAGACCCGCGCUUGCGCCCGGAAUACAUGGACCCGCAGCUGAUCGUGGACGAGGCGCUCAAGCAGAAACUGCUGGACGGAGGCAUGGACGAGCUUCUCGCGACGCACUUUGCCCACCUGUUCAUCCGGGACCCGAUCGUUAUCUUCUCCGAAGACCUGAAGCAGCUGGACCCGGAAGGGUCGAACCAUUUCGAAAACAUCCAGAGCACCAACUGGCAGCACAUGCGGUUCAAGCCGCCGCCGCCGGACGCGGACAUCGGAUGGCGCGUCGAGUUCCGCAGCAUGGAGAUCCAGAUGACGGACUUUGAGAACGCCGCGUUCAGCAUCUUCAUCGUCCUCGUCACCCGGGCCAUCUUGAGCUUCGAUCUGAACUUCUACAUCCCCAUCCCGCGCACCACGGAGAACAUGGAGACCGCACACAUUCGCGAUGCCGUCAUGACGCAGAAAUUCUGGUUCCGAAAGGAUCCCUUCCCCAGAAGAAGUCCGAGGCAGUCUCCCGUGUUGAACGGGAUCAGUGAGCCGGCUGGGUCGCACGACUUGAAUCAAAACCAUACUGCCAUGGAUCUUAACACCGCCACUCCAAUUGCCGCUACCACGCCCGCGCCUAUACCGACAACAACAGCGACACCGACAUCCACAAGUACAAGUGCAACGACAAGCACAAGUGCAUCCACCACUCGCCCGACAACCCCAUACGCCGCAAAAGACACUUCUCCUUCCCUCGGUCCCGUCGAGGACGAAUAUACAUUAAUGACCAUUGACGAAAUCAUCAACGGGAGCAACAACAAGAACACCCAGAGUCAAGAUGAAUCUGAAUCUGAAUCUCAAAGUGACGGUGACACUGACACUGACGGGUUCCCCGGUCUGAUCCCCUUAGUCGAAUCCUACCUCGACAGCGUCAACAUCGACGUCAGCACCCGCUGCGACCUGGAACGCUAUCUCGACCUGAUCCGCAAACGCGCCAACGGCACCUUCUGGACGGGCGCCAAGUGGCUGCGCGAAUUCGUGCGCGCGCAUCCCGACUACCGCUUCGAUAGUGCCGUCAGUGAGAGCGUCGUGUAUGAUCUGUUCCAGGCCGUCGAGGAGGUGGGCAGGACGGAAGGGAGGAAUGGGACAACGGGGUGGGAGAUGUUUACUGCCAAGGAGAGACGGAGGGGGUUGGAUGAUUAG